AUGCCCCACUCCCAAGUGGAGACGCAGUUCGGCAAGAGGCAGGUGAAGCAGGUCUCGGCCGGUCUGUACCAAACCUGGGCCACAUCAGCCAACGGUGAAUGCCACUUGUGGAAAGAGGGCACCAGCAUGUCCGCGGAUCUGCGAGCCCUCGCCACCAAGGAAAAGUGCGUGCAAGUGUCGUGCGGGCAGACCUACUCCGCGCUGCUCUUCGAAUCCGGCGUGGGCAAGGUGUACAACUCGGGUCAUUUGACCUCUCUGCCGCCCGUCCUUGAAACCGAAGACGAAAGCUCGGUCGUGAUUAAGCAGUCCGACUGGCGGCUUUUGGACUUUGGUGGCAAGUCGGUGGCCAGCAUCGCUGUCGGCCAGAUGUACUCCGCUGCUGUCACCACCGAUGGCGGCUUGUGGACUUUCGGCAUCGGUCCGCUGGGUCACGCCAUCAGUGUGAAACAGGACCCUGAACAAGUGGAGGCCCUCAGAGGGAAAAAGGUGGUCGCCGUCGCGUGCGGGUCCUUCCACAUGGGUUGCGUCACCGAAUCGGGCGAACUCUACACCUGGGGCUCAUCCGUGUGGCACCAGCUGGGUGGACAAGCCGCUCACAUCACCAUCAUCGCGUGCUACUCUACUGCAGGCCACGGUGAGCGCAAGAACGUGGUGGAGCCACGACGUGUCACUGCGCUCGAGGGCAAGCGAGUCGUGGAGGUGUCCUGUGGCGCCUACCACACCGCCGUACGCACCGACGCCGGUCGCGUUUACACGUUCGGUGCCGGCUCUCUGGGCGCCCUCGGUCAUGGCGAUUUGGUCGACCAGGAGAUCCCGCGCUUGGUCGAUUCGCUGGUCAAUCGGUGCGUUCAGCACGUGUCCUGUGGCUGGUACCACACCACGGUGGUCGUGGGUAUGGAUCCCAACAUCUCCCUGUUAAGGGAUGAAAUGGGCAAGCUGCUGCACGAGCAAUCCGAUUUUUUCGACAUCGACGUUUACUGCGGGCAAGAGCCCGCCAAGCCACCGAUUCGUGCGCACAAGAUCGCCUCUGUCCGUCAGGUGGUACUGGCGGCUCGGUGUCCGAAGCUCGCCGAGGUCCUUGCCGCCGACCCCGGCAAACAAGAACUGUACAUCAGCGGAAUGGACUCAGCCACGCUCGCCGAGUUUCUGCACUUUCUCUACACGGAUACCACGCGACAGGGCCUCGACGUAGAUAUGCUGCUGAAUCUGUUGAGCGUGGGCGUGGCCUACAACUCUGCCCUCUUACAGAAACGAUGUGUCGAGUUGUUCCAGGAUGAGCUUAGCCUCGACAACGUGCUCGCGCACUGGCGCAAAGUGCUCGACAAGCCCGAGCCCUGGGUGCUCGACUACAGGCAGAUGCUGCACAACGCCGUGGUGGGGUUCAUCCUCCGGGAGGACAACCUACAGCUCCUGGCCACCAAGGACGUCGAAGCGCUCCAGGCGAUGAUGCCGCACGAUCCGCGCCUGACCAGCGCAGCGGAGGCGCAGUUGGUCAGGCGGCCCGACGGCCAACUGCUCGUCGAUAGGCCGCUCAGCUCCAGCAGGGGCGCGCUGAGGGCCAGCCAGCAGAGGAUCAGGCCCGACGAAGUGAUAGAAGAAGAAGUAGCUACAGAAGAAGAGUUGGAAGAAGAGAAGAAGAAAGAAGAGAAAGAAGGGGAGGCGAAGGAGGCGAAGAAGGAAAGUGAAGAGAGCGAGGCGGCGGAGAACAAGGAAGAGCAGCAGCACGAAGUGGUUGAGUCGCUUAAGACGACCGACACACAGGAGGAAGUGGUGGAGGCCAAGGCCGAAGCCACCGAGGCCGAACCGCGGGCGAGGAGCCAGUGCGAGACCGAGGAGAUCGCGAGAUGGGAGGCAGAGACAGCGAACGAAGAGAAGGUGGCGCAAGAGACCAGCACGACGGCCGAUGACGCGACGGAGCGCGACACUGAAACGAAAGAAGAAGAAGAAACCACCACGACCGAAACGGAGCAAGAACGGAACACAGGAUCGAGUGGAAGCGAGGCCAGUACAAGUGCACCGCCAAGUGUUGAGAAGUCGAAUCAGGAGGAGAUCAAAGUGGAGGUGGUGGUGGUGGAGGAGGAGGAGCCGGAGGAGCCCACGACGUACACAUUCCACACGGACCUGCAGCGGUUCGUCAAGUGCAGUCAGUUCGCCGAUGUCACGUUCGCAGUCGAGGGCGAACUCAUUCCGGCGCACAAGGCGAUUCUAUGCGGCCGGAGCGAGCACUUCCGCGCCAUGUUCACUUCGGGCAUGAGGGAGUCGCAGGCUGAGGUGAUCGACGUGCACGACAUCACUCUGCCGGCCUUCAACGCGCUGCUCAACUACCUGUACUCAGGCGUCGUCGAAAUCACCGAGGACAACGUGGUGGAGCUGCUCAUGAUCUCCAACCAGUACACGCUCACGCACCUCCAGGAGCAGUGCGAGUGCUACGUCGAAAAGGGAAUCUACAAGGACAACGCCGCCUACAUCCUCGAGAUGGCGCAUCGGUAUCAAACGCACCACCUGCGCACCAUCGCCAUGAACUACAUGCUCCAGCAGAGGGACCACGUGAUGCGCACCGAAGGGUUCCAAGAGCUGUCCGACGAGCUGUUGCAAGAGUUCAAGUCGAACGUGGCCUGUGCCAAGAACUGCAAGGCGACGGGGACUGGCGCGUCGAAGGGGUACGAAGGCGAGACGGCCUUCUUCAAGAUCGAGGCCUUUGACGAGUUUGGCAACAAGUGCGCACGCGGGGGCGAGAACUUCAAGGUCCAGAUCCUCGAGGAGACGCCCGCCGAGCGAGCGGUGCGCAAGAGGCGCGAGGCCGAGGCGAAGCGGAAGGUCGCGGAGGCGCAAAAGACCACCGCAACGACGUGCACCGUCACACCUGACACCGCCGCCCCGGGCGACACCACCACGACCGCGGCCGUAGAGGAGACGUCCGACACCGCCGCGGCCCAGGCGGGAGAAUACAAGAGCGGCGCGGAAGAGAAGGAGGCGACGAAAGAGAAACUCGAGGCGGAGGAAGAGAAGGAGAAGAAGAACGAAGGAGAAGAAGAAGAAGUGGAGGAAGAGGGGGUUGAUAGCGAGAAGGAGGAAGAGGACUAUCGGAACAGGAAGCCGAUCGUUGACGCCGAGGCCGGCGAAGAGGAGCAGCAGCACGAAACGCAAUGGUUGGCGUACCACGAUGACGAGUUCUGGGUAUGCGAAGAAUGCACGCUGCUCAACUCCAAGACGUUGACGUGCGCGGUCUGCGAUGCGGCUCGGCCUGUGGUGACCAAUUCCGGCUCCUCCAAGUGGAUUCGGGCGGUGCACCUGUUGGGCAACAACGACGGCUCCUACCUGGUGAGCUAUGUGGCGCUGCGGUCGGGACGGUAUUCCCUGCACAUCAAGCUGGGCGAUGAGCCCAUCGCCGGGUCGCCCUAUUUCCUGCGCGUCGAGCCUGCGUACGCCGCGAGCCAAUGCACAGCGGACGGCGAGGGUCUGCGACGAGUGGAGAUCGACAACGAGACCACCUUCACGAUCCAGGCGCGCGACAUGUUCGGCCGCCCCAUCCGCGCGGGCUCGAAGUGGUUCGUCGUCCGCCUCUCCCACCAGGAGGAGUCCGCCAACUCGCACAUGGACUGGAAGGCGGACAAGGGCAUGGUGACCGACAACAACGACGGCACCUACACGGCCCGCUACACGCAACGCCAGGUGGGCAAGUUCUACGUGAGCGUGCUGCUGGGCCACAUGCACAUCAGCGGCAGCCCGUUCACGGUGCGGGCCGUGUCGACCGUCGCGCACGCGGCCAACUGCGUGGCCUUUGGCGACGGGCUCGAGCGGGCCGUCAUCGGCCGCCCGGCCGCGUUCACCAUCCAGGCCAAGGACCGGCAGGACAACCCGCUGGACAAGGGCGGCGACAAGUUUGUGAUCGUCAUCACGAGGACCACCGACCAAGGCUCUGCUGACGACGUCAAUGGCGACAACGACAACGACGACGACGUGCGGUCGCUGCUGGCAUCGCUGCCUGUCGGUGGGCCACCACCCGCGCCGGCGAAGGCUCGGCCCACCCGCGCCGUAGCCGUCCAGGACAGCUCCGCCUUCGCUGGUGGUCUCGGCCAGCUCCGGCACAAGCUCGCGGACGACGAGCAAGCGGCGCCGAUGGUUGACGACGGUGCGGGCGACGCCGCGGCCGGGGCGACGGCAACACCGGCCUCGGCUCAGCUGCCGCGUACGUUCCGGCGCGCGCAGCGGCGCAACCGCGACGCGCUCAGUCCGUCGCCCCAGCCGGCCGACGAGGGCGGCGACGGAUCGACGUCGCCAGAGGAAAACGAGAAGGAAAACGAGAAGGAAAAGGAACUAGAAGAACACCCACACACGAAGACCAAGAGAGAGUCGAAGGAGAGUGAGGAGGAUAGCGAGGAGGGGAGUGAAGAGGAGGGCGAGGAGGAAAAGGAGGGAAGAAGAAAGCGGAACCUGUUGGAUGUCGACUCCAACGCCACCACCGUGGCGAGCACGCGCCGUCCGCUUCCUCCGCCGGCUGUCAUCCAAUCUCGAAUCAGCAAAGCUGCCGAGGCCAGCCAGCGGGAAUUCAACAUCACCGUCGAGGACCAGGGCGUCGGGGUGUACCUCGUGCACUACACCGUCAAGGAGGCCUCCGACUCGUACCGGAUUCACAUUCUCCACAACAAUCAGCACAUCCUCGGGAGCCCGUUCGCGUUGGCAAACGUGACGGAGGCGCCGCAGCCGACGAGUCAGCAGCUCGGCCAGACCGAGCCGCAGUCGACCUCGUUCCUCGCCUUUAUCGAAGCUGAGGCCGGCGGCGGCCGUCCGGCCUCGCGCAAGGGCCGCGGGCCGCGCCGACCGGGGAGCAAGAGCUCAACAACGACCACGACGACGACGCCCUUGGCAGCAGAUCUGGACACGCCGGCGGCCGCGGCCGACGCGUCGGGCGAAGAAAAGGGCGACAGUGGCUGGGACGUCACGCCGCACCGGUCGGAAGGCGAGGAAGUGAAGACGGAGGCGGAGGCGGAGACGGAGGCGCCGGUGGUCGACGAAGGGCAGGUGGCGGCUCCGUUGGGCUUCACGGUCUGCUGGGAGAGCACGGCCGUCUCGACGUUCGAGACGACCGACACAUCGUCGCCCUUCUUCCGCCCGUCGUUCACCUUCACCCCGGCGGCGAGCGACCCGGCCAGCACCGACGCCACACCAACGACCACCGAGGGGACGGCUCUCUUCUCGCCUUCGCCGAGCGCCUCACCGUCGCCGACGCCGGCCUCGCCGUUCGGGUCACCCUUCUCUUCGCCCGCGUCGACGUCGCCGUUCACCGGCUUCAGCCCGUUCAGCGCUGCAUCGACCUCUUCGCUCACCCCGUCGUUGACCACAACAACCGCGACGACCUCGCCAUCAUCGGGCCUCUCGCCCGUGGCCAAGGCACGCGCUGCGGGCAAGCGCUCCGCCGCCACGCGCACCAAGGCCAAGCCCGCCGCCGCCUCCCCGCCAUCGCGCAUCGAGUUUUGA